CUUGGACGCAUCGCUACCGUGUAGUUGACCUAAAAAGCAGCGGCGUAGUAGUGCCGCGCGUCCCUACUUUUGGGUUGCAUCUGCUUUCGGUAGCUCACGAUGCUGGCCCGGGCAGCUUGCCUUCUGGCUCGCCGUGCGGAGCAGGCCCAGCUGUCCAAGCAGCUGGUCCGCUCCUUCUCGGCAGCCGCAGCCUCGCAGGCCUCUCCUAAGGCAGACUACAAGCUGCCUACUGCUCCUCUGCAACUGAGCGGGACCUCCGGCGCUAUCGCUACGCUAGCGUGGCAGGUUGCGGCUAAGGAGAAUGUCCUCACCAAGGUGCAGGACGAGCUGUACCAGCUGGUCGAGGUCUUCAAGGCGCACCCGGAGAUUCGCCGCCUUGCGACGGACCCGUUCGUGCCCGCGGCCUUCCGCAUGAAGGUGGUGCGCGACAUGUUCAACACCAAGGACGUGACUGAUGUCACCAAGCGCCUCGUGGAGGCCCUGGCCGAGGAGAACAGCCUGAGCGCCAUCGUGCAGGUCACCAUUGCUUACGAGGAGCUGAUGCUUGCCCACCGGAAGGAGGUGCACUGCACUGUGGUCACCGCGCAGCCCCUGGACGAUGCGGAGCGCACUGUGUUCACCAAGCAGGCGCAGCAGUUCGUGGAGCCCGGCUUCAAGCUGGUGAUGAAGGAGAAGGUUGACCGCAAGCUGCUGGGCGGCUUCGUGCUGGAGUUCGAGGACCGCCUGGUCGACAUGAGCAAGGCCAAGAAGCUUGAGGAGUUCAACAACCUCGUCACCAAGCUGGAGAACGACCUCAAGUAAACUUCGAAACCACAGGUUUACUAGACGGUUGCUGCAGGGAUGCAGGAGAUGCGGGCUUAUGAACCGGGAGUAGGGCCUGGCUGGCGGUCAUGGUGGAGGACUUGUGCUGCGCGCUGCUUGCAGCAAGUCAAUCUACUGCAUGAAGGAUGCGAGCCGAAGCCAAGUGUGUGACGUUUAGGGAACAGGCGCAGAAGCAUGUUGCGAUUGGUCGUGUUUGACCUUUCGUCAACUGAGCCUGCGAGGCUGAGGAGGGGUGCUGCAGGUCAGCGCUUGGAUUGUGUAGACAACGGUUGGGUGGUGCGCUUUCGGGCUGUCUGGUCGCCACCGACCGCUCCCCAAGUGGAGGGCGUGUUGUUACGUGUUCGGACCCUUUGCCGAUCAGCGCGGCUUUGUAAUGCGUGACACCGCG